AAAAAUAUGGCUCUUUGUUGUCAUGUGUUGUGUAUUAAUUUGUUGUAAAUAUUAAAAUUGUUUAAACAAACUUGUUAAUACUUGUCGGUUAUCGGCAUUAGUGCAUUUUCAAUGGUAGAUUAGCACCUUAUCAUAAACAAUAAUUAAAUAGCUGAAAUGGCUGUACUAGAACGUCUCUGCAUCCGGGGAAUCCGAAGUUUCAGUCCAAAUGAAGAAGAAAAAGUCAAAUUCACCAGACCUUUAACUCUAAUCCUUGGACAAAACGGGUGCGGCAAAACCACUCUUAUUGAGUGUCUUAAAUUUGCUCUUACCAACGAAUUACCAGCUGGUACCGAUGGAGGAAGAGGAUUUUUAAACGAUCCAAAACUAUCAAACAAAAGCACUGUCAAAGGUUAUGUAAAACUCCAAUAUAGAGAUGCUAAUAAUAGUUCUAUAACUGUAGCAAAAUUUGCCGAAGUUACAGUAAUGGCAGGUGGAAAAAUGAGAUUCAAGAGUAUGAAUCCAACUAUUCGUUGGGAAGACGAUAAGGGAAAUUUUGAAGAUAUUUCUGGAAGAUGCGCCGAUAUAGAUCUAUAUUGUGCUCAGAAACUCAAUGUGUCCAAAGCGAUAAUUAACAAUGUAAUAUUCUGCCAUCAAGAAAACUCAGCAUGGCCUCUAGAAGAACCUAAAAAACUGAAAGAACGUUUCGACGAAAUUUUCGGUUCAACAGAAUACAAUAAGUGUGUUGACAGGCUAAGGAAACUUGUAAAAGAAAAAAGAACUACGCUUAAAGUUCUUUUUGAGACGCUCAAGUACAAACAGCUGGCUAAAAAGAAUACUGAAAAAUUGAGGGAGGCUUUGAAUGAGAAAGAAUUACGUUUGGAGGAUGCUGUUAAAAAUAUUGAUGAAAAGAAAAAAGACAUUGAGCCUUUGGAAAAAAGGCUGAAUGAAAUAAAUGAAGUGGUUGAUACUUUAAGUUCUACACAUCAGAAAUUAACUGGAUUGGAAACAACAUUGAAAGGUAUCUUGGAAAAUCAAGAAGCUCUGAAGAAGCAUAUGGAUGAAGAGUAUGAUGGUACCGACGAACAAUUAAACAACGAUAUAGAGAAUUUCAGCAGUUUCCAAGAAGGAGCCAAAAAGGAAAUAUUGUCAAAGGAAAGCAAAAAGGAUGCCAUUGACAAGAAAGUUGAACAAAUCAACCAAAUAAUUCAAGAACGCCAAGUCGCUCUUGGUCAGUUAAAACAAGAAGAACACCAGCAGAGAAAAAGAGAGGAAGAACUUAAAGGAUUAAUAGAAAAAUGCAAAGCAAAACUUAAAAUUGAAACUGAAGAAGAUGAGUCUAUGGAAGAUAUAUUUUAUAAACUGAAUGCGGCUUUGGUGAAGCGUGAUUCAAAAUUCAAGGAUCAUCAAAAAUUAUUGCAGCAAGAAGAACAAGAAUUGCAAAAAAACAUUGAUAAAAUCAGGGAUGGGUUUGCCGCUGCCAGGGAGAGUCGAUCUGCAAACGAAAAGCUAUUAAAAGAAACCAGCGCAAAAUUACAAGAAGCCAAAUUGAAAUUAGAGCGUUUAUCAUUUUCCGAUUCUCAAAUUGAAGUCAUUGAAAAAAGAAUGAAAGAAACCGAGGAAGCUUUGGCUAAAAAGAAAGCUCAUUUUAAAGAAGAAGAAGAAAUGCAGCACAUUGAAGAGUUGGAUGAGCAAAUCAGCAAAAAGGAUCAGACUCUAAGUAAACUGGAACGUGAGUUUAGGACUCUUCAACAAAAUUAUGUGACUGAUCAAAAAAUUGAAUCUGAAACAAAUGUCACACAUGAAAAAUCCGGAGAAAUCAUCAUGAUAAAAGAAAAACAUAGACAAGAUUUUCAAACAUUAUUUGGACAAGCGGUACCUCAAGAAAAGUUUCAACAAUCAGUGCAAAAAGUUCAAAAGACUCUGGAAGAAGAAGUAAAAUCUCUUACAAAAAAUAUUACAAAUUCAGAAAAGAAAGUAUCAACUUUAGAGUCAACUGUUAAACAUUUAAAUUCAAAGUAUCAAAGUCAACUAAAUGAAUUGAAAAGUGAUAAAGCUAAAAUCGAAAGUGUUUGUAAGGGAAGGCCAUUUUUAGAUGUUUUAAAAGAGUCUUAUAAAAACAAAGAAAUUUUCCAGAAAGACAAAGGAGCUUAUCGUUCAGCCAAGAAUUUAUUGGAACAAUUCAUCAGUUCCUUUCAAAAUGAGACGCCUUGUUGUCCAAUUUGUAGUACAGACUUUUCUUCACAAUCCCAAAAACCCAAAGUUUCAAGUGUAAUACUAGCUUUACGAAAAAGAAUUGAAGAUCUACCAAGCAAAAUAACUGAAGUUGAAGCAAAUUUGAAAAGGGAAGAAGCCAACUAUAGUAAGCUGCUACAAUUAAAGCCUGUCCAAGACAAUAUCCAAAUGCUUGAAGACGCUAAGAUACCCCUUUUAGAGGAAGAACUUCAACAGACAAAUGAACAGUUAGAAGAAACCAAAAUAGAUCUUGGUUCUUUGGUAAAUGAUUUAAUUGAACCACAAAAUAAAGUUGAAAUUUGCAGAAAAAUUAUGUCUGAUUGCGUUUUAUUAGACCGUUUAAGCACGGAAUUGAAAAGAACUGAGGAUUCUCUUAAAAAUUUAAAAAGAGAAUUAGUUACAGUAGCUUCCAAUCGUACCUUACACGAAACUGAAACUGAACUAUCUAAAGUUAAAGCUGAACUAUCAAAUUUACGUAGACAAUAUAAAACUAAAAGAGACUUUUAUGAUGAAACUAAAGAUAGUAUUCAACGUUUGAAUGGCAGAUUGCAGACUGAAAUUCAAAAAAAACUGGAAGUGCAAAAAUCUUUACAAGAGCAACCAGUAUUUCAAAAACAAGUUGAGGAUUGUACAAAAAUUAUUUCUAAGGUGAAAGCUGAAAAAUUGCAGUUGGGAGAAACUUUUGCUGCUUUAGAAAAAGAGCUUUUGGAAGCUGAAAAAAAUCGCUCCCAAAAAGUUGAAGCUAACAAAAAGUCUUUGGACGAAGAUAGAUCGGAUGUGAGCGCAAGCAAAAGGCUCGUUGAUGAUGCCGAAAAACUACUUGGAAUUAUCAAAAAAUAUGAAAAUGGUGACAGCGUAACAAGGCUGGAAAAUGUUUCAAAAGAGCUGGAAGAAUGUAAGAAUAACAUAAAAAGACUAGAAGAAUCCAAAAAAAUCCUUAUAAGCUUCAUAGAAAAGAAAAAAGCAGAAUUAGCUAGUCAAGAAAGCAAAUUUAGAAAUUUGAACGAUAAUAGAGAUUUGAGAGCAAGCCGAGUGAAAAGUAAGGAAAUUGAAAGCCAGAUUCAAGAAUUGAGAAAAAAGAUUGGGAAUCAUAAUAGCAAGUCUAUUAUUGAAGAACGUAGAAAAGUGAUUGAUAGAAUUGAUAAAGUACAGACGGAUAUUAGUAGGAAGAAGGGAGAAAUGGAUACACUUAAGGAAUUGAUCCAAACUAACAAACAAGAACUAAAUAAAAAGGAACACAGAGAAGCGGCAAUCGAAUACAGAAAAACCUACUACGAGUACAAAGUAGAAGAAAUGGCGAUAUCAGACUUGGAAGUUUAUACUGGGGCUUUGGAAAAGUCCAUCUUGAAAUUUCACCAGGAGAGAAUGGUCCAAAUCAAUUUGACAAUCCGGGAAUUAUGGAGGAACAUCUAUAGGGGAAAUGACAUUGAUUUUAUUCAGAUUAUUACUGAUGAUGAUAUUGGAGCCACAGGUACCAAACGAAGAUCCUACUCAUACAAAGUGGUCCAAAUGAAGAAAGGCAACGAACUAGAAAUGAGAGGCAGAUGCAGCGCCGGUCAAAAAGUCUUAGCCUGUCUAGUCAUCAGGAUGGCAUUGGCAGAGACUUUCAGCGCCAACUGUGGAAUUCUAGCUUUGGACGAGCCCACUACGAAUUUGGACAGGGACAAUAUUAUGAGUCUCAGCGACGCUCUAUCGAGAAUAAUCAGUGUACGUGAAAAACAAAAAAGCUUUCAGCUUUUGAUUAUCACUCACGACGAGGAAUUUUUACAGACUUUGACUAGAGAUCAGAGUGUUUCUCGUUAUUUCAGAGUCUACAGGAACGCUGAUGGGUUUUCGCAAAUUAAAAGCGAAAUACUUUAAAUGUUGAGGAUGGAUAUUGAACUUACAUUUACAGAAAUUUCAUGUGUUGCAUUAAUAAUAAUAUACUAUGUAAAAAUUUGUUUCACAGUAGGUUUCAGUUUCAGUUAUCUAUCAAGUUUUCUAGGAUUUAAGUCAUUAUUUACUAAUAUAGUUUUCUCAUAUAAAAUACAAAAUCCCAUACACAUGCAACAUCAGGUAUAAAUAAAAACAACACAUAAGUACAUUUGUUUUCCAGAAAUUUAUAUUUUUCUACUUAUAUUAAGAUAUUCCCAAAUGAAAAUGCACAUAGAAGUGUAUGUUUUUGUUUUCAAAACGCUUUAUAAAAGUAGCGUUCUUAUUUUAUUUUUAUGCACAGUUAAGUGACAUUAGAGGAAAUACAUAGUUUAGUUGAAAUAUCUUAUUUGUUAAAAAUCAUUAGUUUUUAAAAAGGAAUAGGGAUUGGGUUUUAUGUAAAUUCGUUGGCAUUAUUUUGUAAAUUCCCCAGUUUAUGUAUUUAUUUUUAUUUUGAUAUUUUCACUAGUUGUUCGUUUAUUUAGUACGUUAAGUUUUCUUUAACUUAGAACUUGUUCUGUUUAUUAGCUGUUGCAUAGCCUAUCAUUAUGUAAGAGUAUGAUAGUGCUAUCAUAAUCUAGAAUUUGGAUUUUUUUUGUUCAAACGUUAAAAUAAAGUAUUGGGUUUUUAAUAA